UCAUCAGCAGGAAGCUGCUCUCCAACACCAGGCUGCAGAUAUCGUACAGAUUGAUGAUUGUGACACUAUGAACACUCACACACACCCAGUGAUGAGCAGAAACAGCUUCUGAGCGCUGCUGGAGAAGAUGGAGGGAGUGAAAGACACAGGCCUGCUCAUCUUCACUCUGUGUUUAGCUGUGUUUAGUAUCGUCCCGCAUCAGAGCAGCAGUUUUAACCUGGAUCUGGAGAACUACAGUGAACACAGCGGACCAGAGGGAAGCUACUUCGGCUUCUCUGUGGACUUCUUUGAAGCAAACAAUAAAAAUGUGAGUGUUGUGGUGGGCGCACCCAGAGAUAACGUAGGAGCUUCCCCGGGAGGAUCUGUCUUCAUCUGUCCGUGGACGUCAACACAAGGUCCCUGUCAAAGACUGGCCUUUGACCAAACAGGUGAUGAAAACUUCACAUUUGGAGACAUGCUCCUCAUGAGCCAUAAAUCUGACCAGUGGCUGGGGGCCACAGUGAGGGCCUACAAGAGUUCCAUCUUGGCCUGUGCUCCCCUGUUCCACUGGAACGUGGUUCAGGGCAAAGACGAGGCCAUGAACACACCAGUGGGGAACUGCCAGCUACUGGACACACUGACUGGAAAUUUAGCCAACUACGCCCCCUGUAGGGGAACUGCAGUGGAGGAAAGCUACACUAGAGCCAGGAACUAUCAGGACAGACGCUACUGUGAAGCAGGCUUCAGCUCUGAUGUCACUAAGGACGGUACUGUGGUGCUCGGGGCUCCAGGAGGCUUUUUCUUCCAAGGUCAGAUCAUCACUGCACCUCUCCAAAAAAUCAUGGCCAGUGGCAAAACCUUCAGUCCGAUCCACUAUCUGGUGGGAGAGGCUAAGUCACCGGAGAGAUACCACCAGUACGACGUUUAUCUGGGUUACUCUGUUGCAACAGGCAAUUUUAGUGCUGGCAGUUCUCCAGACUAUGUAGUUGGAGUGCCAAAUGACUUGAAUACAAUUGGUUCUGUUAAAAUCUUCUCUGGAUCUGCAGUUACCCUUACUGCCAAGAAGAGUCUCAAAGGCUCUCAGGUAGCUUCUUAUUUUGGCCAUUGUGUUGCUGUGACUGACAUCAACAGUGAUGGGAAGGAUGAUAUCUUGGUUGGUGCUCCACUCUUUAUGGAGCUCCUGCCCAGUCAGAAACUGAGGGAGGUGGGCCAGGUGUACGUUUACCUGCAGAAGGAGGGUUACAACAUCUCACCUGCACCUGAUCAAACCCUGACAGGCACUAAAACCUACGGUCGCUUCGGCAGCACCAUCGCUCCUCUGGGAGACCUGGACCAUGAUGGCUUUAAUGACGUAGCUGUGGGAGCUCCAGGUUCUGGAGAAGGGGGCUGGGUGUUCAUCUACAUGGGCCAAAGUGAUGGUUUAAACCCCCACAACAUGCAGGUCAUCGAAAGCCCCUUCCAGCCUCCAAAACCAGCAGCAGCUUUCGGCUUCAGCUUGAGAGGAGGAACAGACAUAGACGGAAAUGGAUACCCAGAUCUAAUCGUUGGUGCAUGGGGAGCUGACAAAGUGGUAGUGUACAGAACAAAGACAGUAGUGAAGACCAGACCAACGCUUUCCUUCUUCCCUGAUUUUCUAAAUCCUGAUGAAAAGCUCUGUGAAGCGGAUGGCACCCUGGUUUCCUGCUUUAGAAUUGAGAUGUGCAUCAGUGUGUCUGGCUACAAAAUACCAGAGGAAAUUGUGCUGAACAUGGAGAUACAGCUGGAUAAGCUGAAGCCGACUAUGGCCAGAAGGACCCUGCUGAUGGAGGGUCAUCAGCCACACAGCCAGUUCCAGCUCUCUCUUAACAGAGAUACAGGAGAGGUCUGCAAGAACCUCACUGCUUACUUAGUGGCGGAGUUCAAGGAUAAACUGAGCUUAAUCCUCAUCUCACUCAACUACAGUCUGGCGAACUCCAGCGGGGCUAUGCUGCACGGGCAGAGUGGCAUAGUGGGCCAGACACAGAUUAUUCUAGACUGUGGUGAAGACAAUGUGUGCAUUCCUGACUUGAAGUUGGCUGCCGAGGCAGACAGACAGCCUCUCCUAAUUGGAGAUGAAAACCCGGCUCUCCUCAUCGUUAAGGCGGAGAAUCGGGGGGAAGGGGCGUAUGAGACAGAGCUGCAUGUGCGUCUGCCACCCAGAACACACUAUCAAUCUGUGCUGAGUAACAAGGAGGGCUUCACUCGGCUACUGUGUGCUCCAAAAAAGGACAACGGGUCAGUUAUCGUGGUGUGUGACUUGGGCAACCCAAUGAAGGCUGGCCAGAAGCUCCAGGCAGGUCUAUUCUUCAGCAUGGGUGGGCUGGACGAGGUCGAGACCCAUGUGUCCUUCCAUUUACAAAUUAAAAGUAAGAACAGUAAGAACCCAGACAGCAACCCAGUGGAAGUUCGGAUUAAUGUGCAGGCUGUGGCUUCUCUGGAGAUGCGUGGAGUGUCUUCUCCCACUGAAUGCGUCCUCCCCAUCGCCAAAUGGGAGCCGAAGCCUUUUCCACAGGAUCUGGAGGAUGUGGGUCCACUCAUAGAGCAUGUGUAUGAGUUAAGGAACAAAGGGCCCAGUCCAGUGAAUGCCAGACUGCAGCUGCAUUUCCCAGUACAGCAGAACGGAUCCUACCUGCUCUAUGUGUUUACCAGCGCAUCCGAGGAGCUGCUCUCCUGCAGCACCAACUACAGCAUCGAUCCACGCGGGUUAGUGAAGACAGAGUCCACGAACAUUACUGAGGACAUUAUUCACCAUCUCAACAAACGGGACGUCCAGCGGCAGCAGGAAGAGGGAGACCAGCCUGUUCAGCAGCACAGAGAGACUGUCCACGUGAACUGCUCUGAUGGAGAGUCGUGCGUGGUGUUUAGCUGUGAGGCUAACGGGCUGCAGAGAGACGGCAGAGCGAUAGUGAGGGUGGCGGCUCGGCUGUGGGUCAACACCUUCUUACAGAGGCCGUAUGUAAAUUAUGUCCUACUAUCUACUGCAUAUUAUGAGGUUGUGAAUGUGCCUUCCAAGAUUCAGCCAACAGUCUUUUCUAGAGGACAUGCAGAGACAAACACCAGUGUGGUCUGGCGUCCAGACGCUCCAGGAGAAAUGCCUGUGUGGUGGAUUUUGGUGUCUGUGUUCGCUGGACUCCUGCUCCUGGCUAUGCUGAGCAUCAUCUUCUGGAAGGUUGGAUUCUUCAAUCGUAAUCGGCCUCCGACUGAUGGUGCUGAUGAUGAAGAUGAGAAUGAGGAGCUUAAUGCAGAGCAGUCCCCAGACCUUUAACCCUGAUUGCAGCACUUCAACCAGUGGCGAAUAUAUAUAUAUAUAUAUAUAUAUA